CAUAUAUAGCAUAAUAAUAACAUUGUGAAGUUGUUAUGUUUGUGAGUGUUAUUUUGAAGGAGGAGGAGGAGGAGAAGGACGAGGAUAUGUUUUUGCUCUAGUUUUCAUGGAUUUAAUGGAAUUGUAAUUGAUUUUCGUUGCAGCGGAUCGGCGGAGGUUCGAAUUUUUCUGAACAACGGAUUUCUGUGCUUCAAAAUAAGCUUGAGUUGAAACUGGUGGUCAUAUAAAUGAAGAGGGGAAGGGAGGAGAGCUACAUGGGGGGUGCUCAAGUGAAGCGCCCUUCUACAUCUAGAGGCGAAUCCUCUGGACCGCCACAAAAUUUAGGAGGAACACAGAAGUUAACUACAGACGACGCAUUGGCCUAUCUGAAAGCGGUGAAAGAAAUGUUCAAAGACAGGAAAGAGAAAUACGAUGAAUUUCUUGAAGUAAUGAAAGAUUUCAAGGCACAAAGAAUUGAUACAGCUGGUGUUAUUGCCCGUGUGAAAGAAUUAUUUAAAGGGCAUCGCAAUCUUAUUUUGGGUUUUAACACCUUUCUUCCUAAAGGUUUUGAAAUUACACUUCCGCCUGAGGAUGAACCGCCACCCAAAAAGCAACCUGUUGAAUUUGACCAAGCCAUUAAUUAUGUCAACAAGAUCAAGACUCGGUUUCAAUAUGAUGAACAAGUAUACAAAGCUUUUCUGGAAAUUUUGAAUAUGUAUCGGAAGGGAAACAAGACAAUCAGUGAAGUGUAUCAAGAGGUGGCUUCAUUGUUCAAGGACCAUCAAGAUUUGCUGGAGGAAUUUACUUAUUUCCUACCUGAUUCCUCAGGCACAGCACAUGUGCCACAUGCUCCAUCUUCUGCAAGACCGGCAGCUUUUCCUGCUUCUCGAAGGGAUGAGAGAAGUCCUAGUUUGGCUUUACAGAGACAUCUUCAUGGGGAAAAGAUGCGGGAGAAAACUGUUACUUCACAGAUUGAUCGUGAUCGUAGUGUUGAAAGGCCUUCUGAUCAUGAUGGUGAAAAGCCACCCAUCAAGCUUGAAAAAGAGCACAGGAAGAGAGUUGAGAAAGAAAAAGAAAGGAAGGAAGAUAGGGAACGCAAGGAUCGGGAAAGAGAUGAAAAGGACUCAGAACAAGAAAGAGACAGGGAAUUAGAUCCCAUGCAGAGACUUCCGCAUAAACGUAAAUCUGCCAGGACAGCUGGUGAGCUGAUUCGAAGGCAAACACAGGGAGGGGAAGGUGGGGAAGCUUUUGUAGGGCAGUCUAUUCCAACUUCUUCAUUUGAGGACAAAAAUGUUUUGAAGAAUGUGUAUCAUCAGGAAUUACACUUCUGUGACAAAGUGAAGGCCAGAUUGCGAAAUCCUGAUACCUAUCAAGAGUUCUUGAAAUGUUUGCACAUAUACAGCAAGGAAAUAAUUAAUCGAACAGAGCUGCAAAGUCUGGUUUCUGACAUACUUGGAAAAUACCCAGAUCUUAUGGAUGGAUUCAAUGAAUUUCUUUCCCAAUGUGAAAAUAUUGAUGGUUUUCUUGCUGGUGUGUUCAACAAGAAAUUAUACUGGGGAGAGGGGUCACUCCCAAAGCCUGCGAAGAUGGAGAAGGACAGAGAAAAAGACAGAGAACGUGACAGAGAGAGAGUGAAGGAUGAUCGGGAGAAAGAUCGAGAUCAUGAAAGAGACAGGGAGAAGGAGAGAGAGAGACCUGAUAAACCCGCAAAUUAUGGGGCAAAGGAUUCAUCAAGCCAUAAGGUUUCCUUACUUUCUAAUAAAGAGAAGUAUAUGAAUAAGCCCAUAUCAGAGUUGGACCUUUCAAAUUGUGAACGUUGCACUCCAAGCUACCGGUUGCUUCCAAAGAAUUAUCCAAAGCCUUCUGCAAGUCAUCGCACUGAACUUGCAGUAUCUGUAUUAAAUGAUCUUUGGGUAUCAGUGACAUCUGGCAGUGAGGAUUAUUCUUUCAAGCAUAUGCGUAAGAAUCAAUAUGAGGAAAGUCUCUUCAGAUGUGAAGAUGACAGAUUUGAGCUAGACAUGUUAUUGGAAUCCACUGUUGUUACAACUAAACGUGUAGAGGAAUUAAUGGAAAAGCUGAAAGAUACUGGUUCCAGGCAAGAUGGUCAAAUUCGAAUUGAAGACCAUUUGACAGCUCUAAAUUUAAGGUGUAUCGAGCGUAUUUAUGGAGACCAUGGCCUUGAUGUGAUUGAUUUACUGCGGAAGAAUGCAGCUGUUGCUUGUCCUGUUAUAUUGACUCGCCUUAGACAAAAGCAAGAAGAAUGGUCAAAGUGCCGUAUGGAUAUGAAUAAAGUCUGGGCUGAAGUCUAUUCAAAAAAUUAUCAUAAAUCACUUGAUCAUCGUAGCUUCUAUUUCAAACAGCAAGAUAAGAAGAGCUUGAGCACUAAAGCGCUUUUGGCAGAGAUAAAGGAAAUAAAUGAGAAAAAGAGGAAGGAAGAUGAUGUACUUCUUUCUAUUGCUGCUGGGAACAGAAGACCUAUAAUUCCAAAUCUGCAGUUUGAGUAUUCUGAUCCUGAUAUUCAUGAAGAUUUGUAUCAAAUAAUCAAGUACUCCUGUGAUGAGGUAUGUACAACCAUGGAGCAGCUGGAUAAGGUAAUGAGGAUAUGGACCACCUUUGUAGAACCUAUGCUUGGUGUUCCUCCACGGCCUCAUGGGGCAGAGGACACAGAGGAAGCAGUCAAAGUGAAAAAUUCUGUUGCAAAGAGUAGUAUAGCAAGCAUAGGGGAAAGUGAUGGUAGUGCCGUUGCUGAUAUUGCUAACACAAAUUUGAAACAUCAAACAAGUGGCAAGACUGAGGAAAAUGUAACAAUAGAAACAACAGUUUCUACUCGUGUUAGAAUGUCAAAUGGUGAGAGUGUAGCAAGUGGUGAUGCUAUUCAUGAAGCUGAGCAAAAUGGGCGUAAAGGUGAGGGACCGGUUGGAAAUUUGCACCAAGGAAAAUUGCAUGCCACUGCAUCUACAGCUGAUGAGAUGCCCAGUACGGUCAUGCAAGUUGGUCACAUUGAGAAGAUUGAUGAUCCAAAUGCUGGACAUGCUGCUGCGACAGAUUCAAGUAUGGGAAGGUUGGGUUUGGAUCACGUGUCAGGCACUGUUCCAGUGCCCUCCAGGUCUGGUCAAAUGGGAGGUGAGAAUGGGCAUGAGCCUAUUCCAAAGGAUAGGGGAGGUUCUCAAGUAGAGGAAACAGAAAGGAGGACUGUUGGUUCAAGAAUGGAAAGUAGGGCCAUGGAUUCAAAGGCAGAUACCCUAAUCUUGAGAUACCGUGAAGUUGUACACAGCAAUUUGAAAGCUGAAAGGGAAGAAGGUGAAUUGUCACCCACACCAGAGACUGAGGAUCGACUAUAUGGCAAUGCUGGUAAUGUUGUUUCUGGUAUAGAUGCUGUGCCUAAAGGGGAGGAGAAUGCUGCCAAUAGGCAGUAUAGAAAUAGACGGAUUGAAGAUGAAGAGGUUGAAUGUGUUGCAGAAGCAGGAGGAGAACAUGAUGCUGAUGCAGAUGAUGAGGGAGAAGAAAGUGCUCAAAGGUCAACUGAAGAUAGUGAGAAUGCUUCUGAAGCUGGUGAAGAUGUCUCAGGAAGUGACUCUGGUGAAGGUGAUGAGUGCUCACAUGAAGAUCAUGAGGAGGAGGAGGAGGAAGAGGAUGAAGAACGUGAAGAAAAUGAUUGUAAAGCCGAAAGCGAAGGGGAGGCUGAGGUAACUGCUGACGCCCAUGAUGUUGAAGGUGAAGGAACAUCCAUGACAAUUUCGGACCGUUCUUUGCUAAUGGCUAAACCCCUUGCAAAACAUGUACCAUCUAGUUUAAACAACAGAGCACAGAAAGAUUCUAAGAUUUUCUAUGGCAAUGAUUCAUAUUAUGUGCUCUUCAGGCUACAUCAGACAUUGUAUGAGCGAAUUCUUUCAGCAAAGAAAAAUUCUUUAUCUGCUGAACAUAAAUGGAAAAGUGUUAAGGAUACAAAUCCUCCUGAUCUAUAUAACAAAUUUAUGAGUAUACUGUACAGCUUACUUGAUGGAUCAGCUGAUAAUGCUAAGUUCGAGGAUGAUUGUCGAGCAAUAAUUGGUACUCAGUCAUAUGUGUUGUUCACAUUGGACAAAUUGAUAUUCAAACUUGUGAAACAGCUUCAAGCCAUUGCAUCAGAUGAGAUGGACAACAAAUUGCUUCAGUUGUAUAUGUAUGAAGGGUCAAGAGCACCAGAGAGAUUCAUAGAUCUUGUGAAUCAUGCAAAUGCCCGUAUUUAUUUGCACGAUGAAAAUAUUUAUCGUUUUGAAUGUACAUCAAAUCCUACUAGCUUAUCCAUUCAACUUAUGGAACGGGGGCCUGAAAAACUUGAAGUUGGAGCUGUUGCAGUGGAUCCUGCCUUUGCCAAUUAUUUGAAUAAUGAAUUUCUUUCAGCAGCUUCUAAUACCAAGGAAACACACCAUGUCUUCCUUGCAAGAAACAAACGCAAAUAUGCAUGUGAUGAUGAGUACGCUUCAACCUGCAAGGCUAUGAAAGGUGUUCGGGUGGUGAAUGGCUUGGAGUACAAGAUAACAUGCAGCACAUCUAAGGUUUCUUAUGUUCUAGACACAGAAGAUUUUUUAUUUCGGAGGAAUCAAAAGAAGCAGAAAAUUUCUGCAGAGAUCAACCAUGGUUAUGAGGAUGCGCAUUUUCAUAAUUAUUGUGAAAAGAGGGCUGAUCGUUUUCAUAGAUGGGUUGAGAGCUCUUAAUCUGGUUGUCAUUGACAAAGUACCAAUGGGUAGAUGCAACCAACAUAAAGUCAGAAUAAUAUUCAAAGUACAUCUCAAAAAUUAGCAUUACUGGUAUAUUUAUUAUUCAGUUUCGCGGAACAUUAGGAAUGUGAAGAAAUUGAGAUGACUCUUUUAAAUAGCCCUAGUAAGAUAAUAAAAAAUCUCCACGUGAUAUUGGUGACAAGCUAGACUUUUUAUUGGCCAAAUUGAUUUUUUUCAAUUUCAUGAUGCUCCCAUGCCUGGUUCAUUGUGACAUGUGGUGGAUUGUGUUUCAGCUAUAUUGGUGUGGUCACCAAGGUGGUUACAUUUAUUGAUUAAUGGAUGUACCUCCUGUUCUCAGUCUCAAGCUGAAUGUAAUUCUAAGCAGAAUAUAACAUCAGAUUGUUGCCCUAGAUCAAAGGGUGGUGAUAUAUUUGAUUCUUCUCCUCAACUAGUAUCUUGCCCCAGUCAACUUUAGAGUUUACAUUUCUAUUAUUUCAACUUACAGGGAUUAUGUUUAUACCAUUGUUCAUUUGCCUACUCUUCUGUGGGCUUUUGGAAUAUUUUAAGACUGCACGACUCCAUGAGAACCUUUCUUAUUUUGUUGAUUCAUUUGAAGUUCAAGUUUAACUAUCUCGCUUUA